AUGGUCCCUCUCCCUCUCUUCAAGCUCGCGGCUCUGCUUGUGAGGCAUGUUUCCAAGUAUGGCGCGAAUCAAAUAAAAGCUCAGGCUCACGACCACCCCCGAUUCCGGGCCUUUGCGGCCCGAUAUGGCCAACAUAUACAUCAAUUGAAUAUGCGCAUGUCGGUAGCACUACUACGAAACCCAGAAGCGGAGCGACGAGCGAAGGAAAAGGCAGAGGCACCGACAGUCAAGACGGAAGAGCAGCAGAAGCGGGACGACGAGCUCAAACUGAAGCAGAGCACGGAGCCAUCCGCGAGGAAGAUACCAUUCCAGAACAUCUGGCGGCGCAAAUUUCGAGCACUCCCCGAGAAUAAGGCGGUCGACCUGUUCGCAGAUGUCAUUGGAGACGUAUUCAUCUUGUCGGUGGCCAUCGGCCUCAUCGUCUACGAGUCUUGGAAGUCGUCUCAGAAGCCCGAUGCGAACAAGAUGCGGUUAGAGGAACUCGAUCAGAAGCUGGAAGAGCUUAAGAAGAGAGAGGAGGAACUUGAAGAAGCCGAGGAGAAGCAGAGGCAACGGUUCGAGAGCUUGGAGGAGGCGUUGCGUGGACUCAAGGAUCCAAAGACAAAACAGCCGCUGCUCCCAAGCCUACAAUGA